AUGAAAGCUGCACAAGAUAGACAGAACUUGUAUGCAGAUCGCCGCAGAAAGCCAAUUGAAUUCUCAGUUGGAGAUUUAGUAAUGUUGAAGGUUUCUCCAUGGCGUGGGGUACUCCGAUUUAGAAAGCAGGGUAAGCUUAGCCCUCGUUUCAUUGGACCAUUCAAAAUAUUGGAGCGGGUUGGAAAGCAAGCGUAUCAGCUUGAGUUGCCAGAAGAACUCACAGGUAUCCAUGAUGUUUUUCAUGUUGCUUAUCUAAGGAAAUGUCUCGGUAAACACGAGGAGGUGGUGCCAUUAACGGAAAUCAAAGUAGACAAGAAAUUGAGAUACAUUGAAGAACCCGAGGCUAUCUUAAAUCAACGAACGGUGAACUUGCGCAACAAGGUUGUGGAUCUAGUGUUGGUUAAGUGGAAAUAUCAUCGUGGGCCAAAUUGGACAUGGGAGAAUAAAGAAGAAAUGAUGGCGAAAUACCCGACACUGUUCGAGCAACGAUGA